AUGGGCCCAACUUCUACAUCUACCAUCACCGAAACUUAUCCCAGCAGUACUGGGGCGUGCACCAAGCAGGUCUGGCCAGAGGGUCCAGGCGAUUUGCAUACUGGCCCUGUCACCACGGCCUGCGAUGGGAUCCCGCGUGCUCUAGGUCCUCUAGAGUAUCUUACAAGUUACUGGCCGGGCACGGGGCCCUGUAGCACGAUUAUGUUAAGCAGCACCUGGACGACCCCCAUCUAUCGGUUGCCCUCAUCUUCUCCUACCUGUCAGCUCAAUGUCCAAGACUGCAUCCCCAUCUGGCAAACCUACAAUAGCCUAUUUAACGCCUAUGUGGAGUCGGUGACCGUCGAGAUACCGGGAGACACGAACAGCCCGAUUCGACCAGUGAACUGUCCAUCUACCCGGCAAACCGAGCAAGAUCCGUGCACCAACUGCCAUUACCUUCCUGGCACGGCCACACUCUUCUACUGGCCCGUGUCCACCACCAGUGGCGACCUCUGUCUGCAGAACGGAAGCACAAUCACCGCCACGCCAACAGGUGAUGGUCCCAACACGGCAAUCGUCGACAGCUAUACCUUCACUUCGCCCAGCAUCUACGUAUCUUUCACCAGUAUAUACGCUCGGGGUAAUAAUCGCAAGUACCCUGGUGGCUCUGGAGGUGCUCAGUGCUCGGUAGGAGGGAUGGCCUGUGAUAUGAUCCGCAAUGAUUAUCUUCCAUGGAUGGGCAUUCCUGAAGGGGUAAUGACCCAGAUUGAUCCCCGGUGGACCGAGUGCUCUCGGCUGUGGUACAUUCCCCCGGUCAGUUUGGUUUCAUUGGGGGUUGGUGCGAUGGAAUCCCGACCGACAGGCAUGGCUGAGGCGAGCAUCCCGCAGGCUGCCUCAGCAUCGCCCGUGUCGGCUCUUGUGGCACCCACCCCAGAGUCUACUAACGACCAUUGA